AUGUGUCAACAACUUUCUCGUGCACGUACAACAACCUUAUUUCUCGUUGUUACUACAAAAAUGCCACCAAAGUUCGAUCCCUCACAGGUCGUCGACGUGUACGUGCGAGUUAUCGGAGGCAAAGUGGGAGCAGCAAGCUCACUCGCCCCAAAAAUCAGUCCACUCAGUCUCUCACCAAAGAAAAUUGGAGAAGACAUCGCAAAAGAGACUACAAAGUACUGGAAGGGUCUUCGAGUCACAGUCAAGCUCACCGUCCAAAAUCGCCAAGCGAAAGUCUCCGUCGUUCCCUCGGCAGCGACUUUGGUCAUCAAGGCACUCAAAGAGCCCAAGCAAGACCGUAAAAAGACCAAGAACAUUAAAAACACCGGCAACAUUGCCCUUGAUGAUGUGAUUGAGAUCGCGAAGAUCAUGAGGCCGAGGUCAAUGGCUAAGGAUUUGACUGGAAUUGUGAAGGAGGUUCUCGAGACAUGUGUAUCCGUUGGAUGUAUGGUAGAUGGGAAAAACCUGAAGGAUUUUCAGCAGGAGAUUGCCGAUUGA